AUGGCCGCAACUUACUAUUUCGAUCAACCCAUCAUCGGCGACUCUGCCAUCAGAGGAAACGACUCCAACUAUGUGCUGGACUCAGUCAAACCAUUCGUAGUUCACAUGUACCGCUC